AUGAAUUUGUUUGUCUUAGCACCAUCUUGCCAAGUAAAAUUCACAGUGAUCAAUAUCCCAAUAAAUUCACCAGGAGGAUUCGCUAUUGAAGAUUUUGAUCGCGAUGGCAAACUCGAUCUCGCUGUAAGUAACUACAAUCAAAAGCAAAUCACUAUCCUAACUGGAAAUGGCAAUGGAGUUUUCACCGUAAAGACAACAGUGGCAAGCAGUGGCAAUAGUCCACAGAAUAUCAUAGCCGCUGAUUUUGACAAAGAUGAUAUAGUCGAUCUUGUUGUCGAGAAUUAUCAAGGUCCUUCGCUGGAUAUAUUUAAAGGCAAUGGUGACGGAAGUUUUCCUACGAAAACAACAAUUUCAACUGGUCCCACACCAGAACCAAUAGGUGUCGCUGACUUUAAUAUGGAUGGCGCAUUAGAUAUUGUUGUUGCCAGUUCUGGCCAAAAUAAUGUGUGGACGGUACUUGGAAAUGGUGCAGGGACUUAUACAUCUCAAACAAAAUUCGCUGUGGAUAGUAAUCCACAAUCAAUCGCUAUUGGAGACUAUAAUCGUGAUGGCAAACCUGAUAUCGCAGUUUGCAAUCUUCAAAGCACUACUGUAAAUGUACUGAAAGGAGAUGGUGCUGGACUUUUCAGUCCUCUAACAACAGCAACAGCUGGUAAUAAUGCAGAAAAUAUCAUUACAAGCGAUUUUAAUCGUGAUGGCAUAUUGGAUCUAGCAGUUAUCAAUGGAAAUAGUAAAAAUUUAAUUAUUUCCACAGGAACUAGUACUGGAACUUUCACUACAACAGCGACUAUAUCAUUGGGUAGUUAUCCAGUUGACGUUGUUGCAACUGACGUGGAUAACGAUGGUCUAUUAGAUCUUGUUGUUGUUGAUAAUCAAGAUACAAACCUACGAUGGCUGAAAGGAGAUGGCAACGGAAAUUUCGGUACGCCAUCAACAUUUAAUCUCGGUAUAAUGGGAGCGAUACAAUGCCGAGCCGCAGAUUUAAAUGAUGAUGGUCGAAUGGAUUUUAUUAUUAAUUUCAGAGACCAAAAUACCGUGAAAGUUGUCUUAACUACAUGCGUAUUUACCAACCCUUAA